AUGGCAAGUACCUUCCAGAGGCCGGAUGGACAGCUUGGUCUGGACACGGUCGAACAGAUCCUGCGCAAACACGAGUCGGUUGAUGAUGCUGCCGUCGUGCUUCGAGACGGUGCGGACGCCGAAGCUGUUGCCUUCGUCACAAUGCACAAAAACAUCGUUGAGAGCCAGAUUGGAAAUCAACGUCAAUCCGACAACGAGUACGAAACGCAGCAAAUUCAGCUCUGGAAGACUGCCUUCGACAGAGGCGCCCGCACCGCAAUGGGUCAAAAUCUCCUGCCCAAUGCCGUCGCACGAGACUUUACUGGUUGGGUUUCUGCAUAUGAUGGAGCCCCAUUAAAUCACUCGGACAUGAAUGAAUGGCUUGACGACACGAUUGAAACUUUGCUCGGUUGCGGCAGCAGCCAUUCCCUCAACGUCCUGGAACUAGGAACGGGUUCUGGGUUGGUUCUCUUGGGCAUCGCCGAAAGCCUACAGUGUUAUCUCGGGCUGGAACUAUCACAAACGGCCGUCGAUUUCGUGACUGCGACGGCAAGCUCGAUCCCCUACUUAGCGGACAAGGUGCGGGUACAUCAAGGCACAGCAACCGACCUCCAUCUGUUGGGGCCAGCCUCCCCCAGCGUUGUUGUGAUCAAUUCGGUGGCGCAGUAUUUCCCCAGCAGGGAUUACCUUCUUGAAGUUGUUGAAGGCAUCCUACGCCUUGGCAGCGUCCGCACGGUUUUUCUGGGCGACAUCCGCUCCUAUGCUCUUCAACAAGAGUUUUUGAUCAGUAAAGCAUUCCACAAAUCAGGAGAACGGGCAAGUAAAGACGAUGUUCGAGAAGCAAUGAUGGGAAUGGCACAGGCAGAAAUAGAGCUACUUGUCGAUCCAGGGUUUUUUACCAGCCUGCCGGAUCAGUUCCCCGAUGUCAUCGAACACGUUGAGAUCCUCCCGAAGAAGAUGAGAGCAAACAACGAACUGAGUCGCUACCGGUAUGCGGCCAUCAUACAUGUCAGAGAUCGAAAACAGAUGGGAGAGGGGCGGCAGCAGCAGCAGCAGGUGAUCCACGAAAUCAAGGACGAGGAGUGGCUCGACUUUGUGGACUCGGGACUGGACCGGCAAAGCCUUUUGCGCCGUCUACAGGCCUCGGCCUCGGCGCCCGGCAUCGUGGCGGUGAGCAACAUCUGUUAUAGCAAAACGGUCUUUGACCGGCACGCCAUCGACUCCCUCAACGGCGGACCAGAGGACAACACCCUCGAUUGGAUUUCGUCUGCGCGUCAAAAAAGCCAGGAUUGCGCUUCACUCGCGGCGGUGGAUUUGGUAGAUAUCGCCAAGGAAGCAGGCUAUGAAGUCGAGAUCAGCUGGGCGAGGCAACACUCCCAACGUGGUGGUCUCGACGCGGUCUUCCACCGUCACCAGCCAUCUAGCGGAGCCAGGCUCAUGUUUCGCUUUCCAACAGAUCACCAGGGCCGAGCGGCGAGUACGUUCAGCAACCAGCCGCUGCAGCAACAAGCCGAGCAGGCCAUCCAACAGCAGCUGUACGAGGCUCUGGAGACCCAGCUUCCAUUACACCUGGUGCCUCAGGAUAUCUUUGUCUUGGGGACGCUGCCGACCAAUGCGGAAGGCGAGGUGGACCGCGAGGCGCUCGCGAGAAGAGCAGAAGCGUGA